AUGCCAACUGACUACCAAACAGAUCAGGAGCACAAAAUUCGACGCAGGGUAAUCUUACCAACAGAUUCCAGUCAGCAUUCCAAACGAGCUCGAGAAUGGUAUUACGAGAAAAUUAUGGAACCAGGCGAUCUUCUCCUGUUCAUCCAUAUUAUUGAACCGAUUCAUCCGAAAACCAUUGUCAGUCUUGCAAUUGAAUCCUGUCCUGCGCUGGCCGGGACGACUCUACGCGUGUCGGACGAAUCGAUCAAGGAAGGCGAGCAACUGUGUCGGAACUGUAUGCAAGAAGCCACUGAACAUGGGGUGAAAAAUCAAUCAUUCUUGUACAUUGAUACCAAACCGGGAGUGGCUUUGGUCAAAGUGAUCCACGAACUUAAAGGGGAUUAUGUUAUAAUGGGUAAUCGUGGAGUCGGCAAAGUUCGACGCACAUUUUUCGGUAGUGUCAGCAGUUAUGUCUUGCAUCAUGUUAACGUCCCCGUGAGUAUUGUACCUCCAUUAUCUCGUUGA